UCCCCACACCCAGAGCCAGGAAUGGGCCGAGGGCUGUCACAGGGCACAGUGUGUGCAGACCCUCACCACUGCCCUCACACUGCGCCUCCGCCACAGAGCCCCACAGCUCCAGAGCACACCAGCCCGCUCCCACCCACGGCAGCUCACAGCCCUUCCCUCCCUCCAGCCUCUCUCCAUCCCAGUCUGCACAACGGAGCUGGCCUGUAUGGGAGAUGCACAGAAAACAGACCAAACUCUGCAUUUCAAGUUAAAAAGUGGUACCGUGCAGCUUAGCCUUGCACGAUGAGCACAACAGCAUAACAUCAGCCCACAUCUGCUCAAAGCUGACCAAAGGAGCACUCCAGAUUAAGAAGCUUUGCAAACAUCUCAACAAAUAUGGUCUGAACUUUCAGCCUAUGACUAAAUCUAAAACCAGACAUUCUUAACUUGGUUUUUCACAUGGCUCUGGUGCACAGUAUGUAAAUUCCUGAGGAUUCUCAACUACCAGGGCACUAACAAGACAGGUUUCAGUGCCAAUAUUUUAGUAGUGCCUGGCAAACCUCUAAAGGUUUUAACUCCUAAUAGAAGUACCUCCCCCCCAGGUCACACAGUGCUCCCCCAGCUGCCCCCACUGGGCUCCCCAUCCCCGUGCAUCCCCUGCCUGCACUGUAGGAAAGGAACAACCACAGCACCAGAGGGCAGCUCCACGGGGGCUCACAUCCUGCUGUCACUUCUCCAGGUAACUUUCAUGUGCCUCGGUUGCUUGAACGCUGGUUUUAAUUGCGUCAGCCAGAGCAUUUAAAAACCACAGACAUGUUAAAAAAAAACAGCAGAGACAGCAAGGGGAAAACAUUAACCUGCUCUUGCACCAUGAGAAAACAUGCUGAGAGACACCGAAUGCUAACAGACUGCUGCUCCGGAUCCUCCCAGGGCCCUAAGACAGGUUCUUGAUCUCUCCAGCCAGCAAAGCACACAAGAAGUUCACAAUGCCAAACAACGCUUCACAAUGCUACAUCAAAACAGAACUAGAACCUUUCACCUAUUUUUACUACUUGAUCUUUCUUACGGGUUUCCUGGGGAGCUGUUUUGCGCUGUGGGCAUUCACACGAAAAGGUCAGAAGCAGAAGUGUAUGAGCAUCUACUUAACCAACCUCCUCACUGCAGACUUCUUGCUGACUUUGGCGUUGCCAGUAAAGAUAACAGUUGACCUAGGCGUUGCGCCCUGGAAACUGCAGAUAUUCCACUGCCAAGUGACAGCCUGUCUCAUCUACCUGAACAUGUAUUUAUCAAUUAUAUUCCUGGGAUUUGUAAGCAUGGAUCGUUACCUUCAGCUCAUGCACAGCUCUAAGAUCUAUCGCAUUCAAGAGCCUGGAUUUGCCAAGGUUUUGUCUGCAGUCGUAUGGACAAUGGUUCUCCUUAUAACAGUGCCUAACAUGGCUAUUCCAAUAAAAACCACUGAAGAAAGACCUAACGCAAGGUGCAUCGAUCUCAAAACAAAAUUUGGGAGAGACUGGCACGUGUUUACUAACUUUGUGUGCACAGCAAUAUUCCUGAAUUUUUCAGCCCUGAUACUCAUUUCCAAUUUCCUCGUUGUCAGACAGCUCUACCAAAACAAAUACAGCGAGAGCUACCCCAGUGUGAAGAAAGCCCUGGUGAGCAUACUGCUGCUAACAGCAGCCUACCUGCUGUGCUUCCUUCCCUACCACGUCGUUCGCAUCCCUUACACUCUGAGCCAGAGUGACACCAUAACCAGCUGCUCUCUGAAGCAAACUCUCUUUCAAGCAAAAGAAUCUACCUUGCUCUUUGCAGUAUCAAACCUCUGUUUUGACCCAAUUCUGUAUUAUCGUCUUUCCAGUGUAUUUAGACUGAAAGUUAAUGAGGCUUUUGUGGCAUCCAAACAGGCAAAGGCUUCCACAGAUGAAGAGGCAUAGCACCAAAGCGAGCAGCGGGUGCAAAUGUACUGAUUCUAAAGUACCCAGAAAGGAUGUGCAAACACAUAACCUGAACAGCCAUUGUGCAACUGGAAACAGCUGCUACCACCAACAUUACGACUGGAUGGAUGAGAAGACUCACAUCACCAAACCAGCAAAGCACUCGGUGUCGCUUUUUGGAAAUAUUGCAGCUAUCAGUGCCAACCUAUGAACAGUCAGCAAUAAUGUGCAAUAAAGCUCGUUGAGACACACCCAAAUACACAUUCUUAGUAUUUAUGGUAAAUACUUUGGGCUCUCCCUAAGUAAAAUAUUGUAUUCUUAACAGAUUGAAGAGCUUGGUGGAAUGAAGUAAAGAUUUGUUUCCAAAUAGCAGCUCAUGGCCUGCAAAGCUUCUCACAGACACAAUUAACCCAAAGGCAUUUUAAAGGGCAUUACUUAAUCUAGAACGCAGUGUUAAGCUCCACUGUUUAACAAACUAUUGCAUCUGCUUACAUCUCACCCGUAAUUCCCAUAAAUAAACCUUCUGUUCUUGUCAAGUUCCACUGCCCUCCUGUGUUGCUACUGCACUGAACUUAAAAACCAGCAACAUGUGAGUACAGAAGUUUCAAGGCAACUGUAAAAUGAGAAUAAAGAGUAA